ACGGGGGGCGAGGCGCCCCCGGGCGCCCGGGCUCCCCGCAGCAUUAAAGUGAGCACCCAGCCAGCGGCUGGGGGCCGGCGGAGGGCGGGCCGAGGUCGCCCGGCGCGCGCCUGGCUGCUGUGGCCUCGCUUGCUGCCCGCGCGCCCGGCCCUGCGGGGGAUAGCCACGCCCUUUCGGGGGUGGAGCCACGGUCCCGGGAGGCUCUGCAGCUGGAGACGCCCGGGCCCGCGGGGGCUGUGGCAGCAGCUGCAGCUGCAGCGUCGGCGGCGGCAGCAGCGCCAGGAGCUGCUGCAGCAGCGGCGGAGGCUGCUUCUGGACGCCUUAGGGUCGCGCAGCCGCAGCCCGAGUCCGGAGGCUCAGGGCGGUGCGCUGGGCGCUGCCGCCGCUGCUGCUGCUGCGGGCCACCGGUCCUUACCCGGGCCCCCACUGCCGCCGGGGCCGCGGAUGCCGUCCCCACUCCCGUCGACUCUGCCGGAGAGUGCGCCCCAGCCUGGACGCCGACCCCGACCGGGUCUCCACUCCUCCGCCGCACCUCCCAUGACAGCACCCGCUCGAAGAUGGCUGCGAAGGGCGCGCACGGCUCCCACCUGAAGGUGGAGACCGAGAUGGAGCGCUGCCGCGCUGAGGGCCACUGGGACCGCAUGUUCGAGCUGGUCCGGCAUCUGCAGACUCUGGGCAUUUCCGGGGGCGGCAGUAGCAACCGGCGAAACAGCCCGAGCGGCAGGUUCUCUCUGGACACCGAUGACUUUGGGAAAUUGCUGCUAGCAGAAGCCCUUCUGGAGCAGUGUUUGAAGGAUAACCACAACAAAAUAAAGGACUCUAUUCCUUUGUUGGAGAAAAAUGAGGACAGGCUGAAAGAAGCCAAAGAACAUCUAAGCAGCAUCCUUAACAAUGGGAAGCUGCCGCCACAGUACAUGUGUGAGGCCAUGCUGAUCCUGGGCAAGCUGCAUUAUGUGGAGGGCUCAUACCGGGAUGCCAUCAGCAUGUACGCACGGGCCGGGAUCGAUGACAUAGCCGUGGAGAACAAGCCCCUUUAUCAGAUGCGGUUGCUGUCAGAGGCGUUUGUCAUCAAAGGCCUCUCCCUGGAACGCGUGCCCAGCUCCGUUGCCUCCCACAUCCGCCUGACUGAGCGCGAGGAGGAAGUGGUGGCCUGUUUUGAGAGGGCCUCCCGGGUAGCUCAGGUGUUCCUGCAGGAGCUGGAGAAGACUUCAAACAACAGCACAUCAAGACACCUGAAAGUCAGUCCCUCGGUUGACUAUGAGCUCACUUACUUCUUGGAAGCUGCGCUCCAGAGCGCAUACGUGAAGAACCUGAAGAAAGGGAACAUUGUGAAAGGCAUGAGGGAACUCCGGGAGAUUCUGAGGACUGUGGAGACCAAAGCAACGCAGAACUUCAAAGUGAUGGCGGCCAGGCACCUGGCAGGGGUCCUGCUGCAUUCCCUGAGUGAGGAGUGCUACUGGAGCCCCCUGUCCCACCCUCUGCCUGAGUUCAUGAGCAAGGAGGAGAACUCAUUCGUCACCCAGACCCUCCGCAAACCUCAGCUCUAUGAAGGAGACAACCUCUACUGCCCAAAAGACAACAUAGAGGAGGCCCUCUUGCUGCUGCUCAUCAGUGAGUCCAUGGCAACUCGGGACGUGGUACUGAGUAGGGCACCGGAGCAGGCAGAGGACCGGAAAGUGAGCUUGCAGAAUGCUUCGGCCAUCUAUGACCUCCUGAGCAUAACACUGGGCAGGCGGGGCCAGUACGUCAUGCUUUCUGAGUGCCUAGAGCGAGCCAUGAAGUAUGCAUUUGGAGAAUUUCACCUUUGGUACCAAGUGGCCCUCUCCAUGGUGGCUUGUGGGAAGUCAGCCUACGCUGUGUCGCUGCUGCGCGAGUGCAUGAAAUUGCAGCCCUCGGACCCCACGGUGCCCCUGAUGGCUGCCAAGGUCUGCAUUGGGUCCCUGCACUGGCUGGAAGAGGCGGAACACUUUGCCAUGGUGGUAAUUGGCCUUGGAGAGGAAGCAGGAGAGUUCCUGCCUAAAGGCUACCUGGCCCUGGGUCUCACCUAUAGCCUGCAGGCCACCGAUGCCACGCUGAAGUCCAAGCAAGAUGAACUUCACCGCAAGGCACUGGAGACCCUUGAGCGAGCCCAGGAACUGGCACCCGAUGACCCUCAGAUUAUCUUCUAUGUCUCCCUGCAGCUGGCGCUUGUCCGACAGAUCUCCAGCGCUAUAGAGCAUCUUCAGGAGGCCCUGACGAUGUGCAAGGAUGAUGCCAAUGCCCUCCAUUUGCUGGCACUGCUCUUCUCUGCCCAGAAGCAUCACCAGCAUGCUCUGGAUGUCAUCAAUAUGGCUGUCACCGAGUACCCUGAGAAUUUCAACCUGAUGUUCACCAAGGUGAAGCUGGAGCAGGUGCUGAAAGGCCCGGAGGAAGCCCUGGUGACUUGCAGGCAAAUGCUACGACUGUGGCAGUCCCUCUACAACUUCUCACAGCUGGGGGGCCUGGAAAGGGAUGGCAGUUUCGAAGGCCUCACAGUGAAGAAGCAGAAUGGCAUUCACCUGACUCUGCCAGAUGCCCAUGACGCAGACUCUGGCUCUCGGCGGGCAUCAUCGAUCGCAGCCUCAAGGCUGGAGGAGGCCAUGUCGGAGCUAACCAUAACGACCUCGGUCCUAAAGCAGGGCCCCAUGCAGCUGUGGACCACACUGGAGCAGAUCUGGCUCCAAGCUGCUGAUCUGUUCAUGGAGCAGAGACAACUCAAGGAAGCAGGUUUCUGUAUCCAGGAGGCCGCUGGCCUCUUCCCCACCUCUCACUCGGUGCUCUACAUGCGAGGCCGGCUGGCUGAGGUGAAGGGCAACUUAGAAGAGGCCGAGCAGCUGUACAAGGAGGCGCUCACCGUGAACCCAGAUGGUGUGUGCAUCAUGCACAGCCUGGGUCUGAUGCUGAGUCAACUGGGCCACAAGAGCCUGGCCCAGAAGGUUCUGCGGGAUGCUGUGGAGAGGCAGAGCACCUGCCACGAGGCGUGGCAGGGCCUGGGGGAGGUGCUGCAGGGCCAAGGCCAGAACGAGGCUGCUGUGGACUGCUUUCUCACCGCCCUGGAGCUGGAGGCCAGCAGCCCCGUGCUCCCCUUCUCCAUCAUCCCCAGAGAGCUCUAGCCUCGGCAGCAGCCACAGGCUGCCCAGGGCAGGCAGCAGACACGAGCAGAGGGCAAGGAAGGACAGCUGCGCUCAGGAGUGUGGCCUCAGGGAAUAGAUGACUAGUGAACACUUCAACGGGCUUCGACGCCACUUCUCCCCUCCUCCCACCUCCAGCAGGGCCAGCUGAGCCGGAGCUCCUCCUGUCUGAAGCUGGGUGGACAAGAUUUGCAUCUGAAGCAAAUGCCUCUCUCCCCUGAGAAAGCAUGGGCUCCCUUUGGAUAAAAGGUGUGCCUUGGAGCCAAGCCCUGCCCUUAGCCUCCCUGACCGCUGAAUUUCCUGGUUUGAGAUGAACCAGUCUUGAGUUGGUGCAUCAUAGAGAUGAACUUGCCAGCACCCUCUGGCUGGGCCAAGCUUUUCCUGGAUGCCUUUCUUGGUGCCUUAGGAGAUGAACUGGUAUGAAUUUAAGUAACUUUGCAGAGCUAUAAUUCUACAUGCUUGACAACCUUGGACACACACCCUCCCAACCCUCUCCCCUCAAUCUCAGGGCAGUUCAAGCUUGAGGCCUUGCCCAAAACAAACACAGUGUGAGGUUCUAGACACAAGGCGGACAGUGGACUCCUGCUUCCUCUCAGACUGAGUUAGGGCUUUUGAUGCCUGGUGUUACCUCUGUGGGGAGGUCUCCUAUGUGCUUUCUCUGUACCAUCAAGUGCCUUUGGGGCUCAGGUCCAGCCAAGCCCCUAAAUAGUUCCUAAGUCUUCCAUUUUCACUCACUCUCAUGACCCUGGAAACACGUCCCAGCAAGUAAGGCCAGUGGCCUCUAAGAUAGGCCUGAAAAUAUAGAACCUAGCCAUUUCUAGUGCCUUAGGUACAGUUCCUUCAAGGCUUUCCCUACAGUGCAGGUCCCUCUUGGGUGAGUGACAUCAAAAUGACAGUCUAUAGGACUCACCCCAGUACACCUCAUCAUUCACAGCCCAGCUUUCACUUGGGCUUUGUUGAGUGACCCAAAGCCCCAGCCUGGCCCUUUAAGCUCACCUACCCAGAUCUCCACAGAGGCCAUGGUUGGAUAGAGAUGGAGGAGGAACCUGGCCUGCCUCAACUUUCUGUUGCCCAUGUGAUCUGUUUGCCAGGGUCUGGGUGGCUGGGCAGAUAACCCUCACUGGCCCAUCAGUCAUCCACUCUGCUUUUGACACUUUCCCUCAGGAAGCCAUUCCCAAAGAUUUGGCGGAGAGCUCCCUUCUGUCUGCCCUGAAUGCUGCUUGGAAGCUCCCUCGGGUUCACCUUGCUCCCAAUUUAAAUGCAGAAAGGGGUUGAGAGCUGCUCUGCUUUACCAUGGCCGGCCAUAGCUUCCUUGAAAGGAAGAAGCCACUGGGCGUUGCUUGAUGCCCUACUGAUUUAUCUUGUGUCCCCAGAGAGCUGGUGUCUCCUGGCCACAGCCCCAGGCCAAAGGUAGACUAUUCAAUCCUUGGUCUCUUGCUUAAAGGGUCUCUAUGUGUAUGUGUGUAUAUAAAUAUAGAUAUAUAUGCUAGAGAUCUAUAUUUUUGUGGAAUUCUGUUAUAGUAAAAAAUAAGCAGAUACUAUUGGUGUUCCUUGAAGAAACAGUGGUUAAUCUUGGCGGUGGGAAAGACACCAAAUGCAUCUGACUGAGCAUUCCCUCUUUGGAGGCCAUGGUAGACAGGCCCAGUACCUAAAAGUGACUUUGGAAAGUGAAUAAAGGACCCUUGAAGGGGAAAACAGUA